UUUUUAGGUUAUAACGAUGGCCAAGUCGUCCGACAAACAGCUGACUUAUCCAUCGGAGGAGGUCGAUCCAUUCGAAGUUUUGUCUAAGAAGAUUGGACAUGGUGUAGAAGAUGAAUUAGAAGUUGAGAAAAAGACUUCUGUUCCAGAGGGGAAACUAUUGAGCCAUUUUGUUACGGGCAACCAGGUACAGUUAGUCUCAAAAAUAAGUGGGCGUUCUCUAAGGAUUGUGCAGGAUCGUGUAGGUAAACUCAAAGUGGACGGCAGGGGAGACCUAGGACAAAAAGAAUGGAAUGCUGUCUGGACAGUUAUAAAUGAAAAGCACAACAUGGAGAUUCGCCUUCAUAAUAACUUUAAUUUCCUGUCUAUAAGUAACGGAGAGACUAAAAUUGUUCACGUGCCCGAAGAAAAGGAGCACGAUAGGUUGGAUACGCUGUUUCUAUUGGUUCUUGAUCCAGAGAACUUCGUAGCCCUGGAGUCAGUGAAGGAACCUGAAAAUUGUGUGGGGAUAGAGGCAAACGGUUCCUUGAGAUCGGCGGAGAAAACCUUUGUCCAUGACGAUCAUGCCAUGUUUGGUGUACAUUUGAUAAAGCCAGAUGCUAAAUGAAUUAAGAAGACAUGGGACAGAGAGGUGUGAAAGCUUCCCAAAUAUUUAAAAGGCAACUCUAUUGAUAAGUAAACUAAUUAAUGAGAUGAACACAAUGUAUUGUUUUUCCAUACUAUUAAUAACCUCACUAUUUUCAGUGUUGACUGCAGUAUAUACACAAACAAAUAAAUGAUACAGAAAACAAUAAGUAUUCCAGAAAAUCAUGAAAAUUGUACAACGUCUAUAGAUGUCUGAAAAUUAUUU